AUGCUGGGGAUUGGUACAAGCAGCGUGGUCGCGAGUCCGGACAGGAGAGCGGGAAAGGGGAGAAUGAAAAAACGAAACAGGGCGAUGGAUGGAACCACCUCCGAGGAAUCAAGAUCAGUUGAGAAGAGGAAGAAAAGAAGCCAGGCGAAGGAUAAGGAUGAUGGGAAAGAAGCCGAGCGCGACAGAAAAGAGAUUGAGAUUGAGGGAGUAGUUUAG